CUAGUGGACGGAACGCUUCUUCAACAACAACUCCCCUACUGAUGCAGCCAGUUCCGUAUCUUGCUAGUCGACAUAAAACCGACAAAUUGAAGCUGCUUUGUCCAUAUUUGUGUAUAUUAAUCUGUGUUUUUCACGCAAUUUGUUUUGCAUGUCUCUUAGUUAAGUUGUAAAAUAGCUUGUUAGAUGUACUAAUUCGUUAAGAUUGAUGCUGAGCCUAGUAUUAGGCUAGUCGCUAAUUCUAACUAGCUAGUUAGCUAUCAUCCCCGACCUAGGAGUGAAGUUUAGUCCGCUAUCCUCGCUCGACCAUGAGCUCACUAAGCUACUCCCUCCCUGCUAAAGAAGAAGAAGAGGUCUGCUGGACGGAGAAGGAAGAUCUGAACAUUGUCGUGAAAGAAGACGAGGAAGUGAAAGACGAGAAAGAACCUUUUGGAGUGAAACACGAAGAGGGGAUAGAGGCUGUCACAGUGGAAGAGGAGGAGGUAGAAGCUUUCAGAAUCAAAAAGGAGGAAGAGGAGGAUGUUACAGUAAAAUUCGAGAAAGAGCUUUUAGGAGUGAAACGCGAAGAAGGGUUAGAGGCUGUCACAGUGGAAGAGGAGGAGGAAGAAGCUUUCAGAAUGAUAAAGGAGGAAAUCACAUUGAAGGAAGAAGAUGAGGAUUUUAUAGUGAAAGAAGAGAAAGGACCUUUUGAAGAGGAAGAGGAGACUGGAGAUCUGAUUAACACUACAGGCGAGAGACCAGACUCUCACCCUGACCGUGGGAAGAGUCCAGAACCAGAGACGACCAAACCAGCAAGACCAUACCACUGUUCCCAGUGUGGAAAGCCUUUUCAUGAAAGAACACACACUGGAGAGAAGCCAUAUCAAUGCUCCCAGUGUAAAAAUAAAUGUUUCUCAUCAGGGGACCUGAAAUCACAUGAGAGAACACACUUAGUAGAGAGGCCUUUCCAAUGCUCUCGGUGUGGAAAGAGAUUUAUUCAGUCAUCGCAUUUGAAAGAACAUGAGAGAAUACACACAGGAGAACAACCAUUCCAAUGUUCCCAGUGUGGAAAGAGUUUUACAAAUGUAGGGAACCUGAAAACGCAUGAGAUGACACACACAGGAGAGAAGCCUUUCCACUGCUCCCAGUGUGGGAAAAGGUUUACCCAGUUAGGGAAUUUGAAAACACAUGAGAUGACACACACAGGCGAGAAGCCUUAUCACUGCUCCCAUUGUGGAAAGAGUUUCAGACACUCAGGGCAUCUAAAAGUGCAUGAAAGAACACACACUGGAGAGAAGCCAUAUCAAUGCUCCCAGUGUGGAAAGGGUUUUGGACACUCAUGGCAUCUAAAAGUGCAUGAAAGAACACACACUGGAGAGAAGCCGUAUCAAUGCUCUCAGUGUGGAAAGGGUUUUGGACACUCAGGGCAUCUAAAAGUGCAUGAAAGAACACACACUGGAGAGAAGCCAUAUCAAUGCUCUCACUGUGGAAUGAGAUUUAUUCAGUCAUUGCACCUGAAAGAGCAUAAGAGAAAACACACAGGAGAAAAGCCUUUCCAAUGUUCUCAGUGUGGAAAGAGUUUUAUCCAGUCAUCGCAUCUGAAAGAGCAUAAGAGGAUACACACAGGAGAGAAGCCAUUCCAAUGCUCUCAGUGUGGAAAGACUUUUAGCCAGAUAGGGCAGCUGAAAUAUCAUGAAAGAAAACAUACAGGGGAGAAUCCUUAUCACUGUUCCCAGUGUGGAAAGGGUUUCAGAUACUCAGGGCAUCUAAAAGUGCAUGAAAGAACACACACUGGAGAGAAGCCGUAUCAAUGCUCCCAGUGUGGAAAGGAUUUUAGACACUCAGGGCAUCUUAAAGAUCAUGAGAAAAUACACACAGGAGAACAACCAUUCCAAUGCUCUCUGUGUGUAAAGAGUUUUACCCAUUUAGGGAACCUGAAAAUGCAUGAGAUGACACACACAGGAGAGAAGCCUUUUCACUGCUCCCAGUGUGUAAAAAGUUUUACCCAGUUAGGGAACUUGAAAACGCAUGAGAUGACACACACAGGAGAGAAGCCUUUCCACUGCUCCAAGUGUGAAAAGGGUUUUAGAACCUCGGGGAACCUGAAAACGCAUGAAAUGUCACACACAGGAGAGAAGCCUUUCCAAUGCUCCCAAUGUGGAAAGAGUUUUACCCAGUUAACGAGCCUGAAAAGGCAUGAAGCAACACACACAGGAUAGAAUCCUUUACAGUGUUCUCAGUGUGGAAAGACAUUUUCCGAGUCAGAAAGACCUGAAAAUCACAUGAGAGAAGAGAGACACUGUUGUGGGUGGCAGAAUUUAGGGGUGAGCUGUUGUAACUUCUCCAGGUUGAUGCUCUGUUCUGUGAUGAACUGCAUUUCAUAGACUACUACGCCUAUUACCUGUCUGCACACAUUGUUGCCAUUGUUGUCUGUAAUUGUUGCAUUAAUUAAGUGCUUUUAUCUCCUUCCUCUAUAUGAGGGGACAUGCAACUAUCUGCAUUUUUUUUGUUGUUGAGUUCUUCCCUGACUAUGAUCAGCGAGACAGAUCUCGCUUGCUUGUAUUUAAGAUGUACUAUUAUCACACCUUAAAUAGUCUCUGAUCUUUAGGAUCGAGUGUGUUCUGACUUACCAUUUUUUUUUUUGCUAUGGGUUUCUUUGGUUUAUGGCGACAUGAAAUCAAAUUGUAUGAAAGCUUAAUAAAAAAAACAGGCCUACUUUGUUAGCCGGACCUUUACGUCUCCGAGCAAAAGAAAAUAAAUAAGGGAACAUAUUUAAAAAGUAUUUUACUUUGAUUCAUUUAGUCAUUGUAUUUAAUUUAGUUAAUUUGUGUAGAAGUUAUCAAGCUAAACGUGUAUGAAAAUGUCACGCCGUUGUUAUGAUAACAGUUGUUGCCUGGGAAACCCAGCCGCAAGCUACCCAGUGAAGAGAGCCUAUCAGACGAGCUAAAUGCCUUUUUAUGCUCGCUUCGAGGCAAUCAACACUGAAGCAUGCACGUCAGCACCAGCUGUUCUGGAUGACUGAGUGAUAACGCUCUCAGUAGCCGAUGUGAGCAAGAUCUGUAAACAGGUCAAUAUUCACAAAGCCACAGGGCUAGACGGAUUACCAGGACGUGUACUCAAAGCAUGUGCGGACCAACUUGCAAGUGUCUACGAUAAAGUCUACUACACUUGUUGUAUUCACUGUUGGUUAAAGGACCUGUAAGUAAGCAUUUCACGGUAAAGUCUACUACACUUGUUGUAUUCACUGUUGGUUAAAGGACCUGUAAGUCAGCAUUUCACGGUAAAGUCUACUACACUUGUUGUAUUCACUGUUGGUUAAAGGACCUGUAAGUAAAGCAUUUCACGGUAAAGUCUACUACACUUGUUGUAUUCACUGUUGGUUAAAGGACCUGUAAGUAAGCAUUUCACGGUAAAGUCUACUACACUUGUUGUAUUCACUGUUGGUUAAAGGACUUGUAAGUAAGCAUUUCACGGUAAAGUCUACUACGCUUGUUGUAUUCACUGUUGGUUAAAGGACCUGUAAGUAAGCAUUUCACUGUAAAGUCUACUACACUUGUUGUAUUCACUGUUGGUUAAAGGACCUGUAAGUCAGCAUUUCACGGUAAAGUCUACUACACUUGUUGUAUUCACUGUUGGUUAAAGGACCUGUAAGUAAGCAUUUCACGGUAAAGUCUACUACACUUGUUGUAUUCACUGUUGGUUAAAGGACCUGUAAGUCAACAUUUCACGGUAAAGUCUACUACACUUGUUGUAUUCGGUGCAUGUGACUAUUAAAGUUUGAUCACUACCUCAUGAAUGUUCCCAUCAGUAUUAUAUUCCACCAUGUCAGAGAAAACACAGGUGCUGUGUAACCCAUUUAAUUUCAGAAAAACUAAAGGAGGUUGGUUAGUCGGGGUGGAUGGGUGGGCGUUUUAACGUGACACUUUUAGCUAAUUAGCUACUUUGCGACUACUUAGCAUGUUAGCUAACCCUUCCUUGGAUUUAUGUACAGAAUAAUAUUAAUGCCGUGAAGAAGAUGCCGAAAGUACAAAAACAUAAGAGGAGGUCUGCUGGACGGAGGAAGAAACUCUUGUGAAAGAGGAGGAAGAGGAGGCUGUCAAUGUCAUCGCCACAUGAAAUGAUAUUGUAUGAAAGCUCAAAAAUAGUCUUGUGCUUUUGUUUUCAAAUCAAGUAAAAAUGUGUUUUGUUUUAAUUA